CGUUGUGUUUCUGUGUCUGUAAUUUUUUCCAUUUUAUUCAUCCAACAAACUACAAACAUCAUCAUCAUCGAACAACAACAACAACAUUGACAAUAUGAAAAUUUUGGUUCAACUAAGGCAUUAUUGUUUGGCCAUAUGUUUAUUGCAGGCCAUCUGUUUUGUAUCAUCUAAUUAUAUUCCACAAAGUUUAUUGAGCAGUUAUGGGGGUGGUGGUGGUGGUGUUGGCGUUGGUGGUGGUGGUGGCGGCAGUGGUAAUGUCGGUCCAGUAACAACUGCCAUUGAAUCCACACGUACUGUUGAAGUAAAACCAGUACAAUUAAUGGGUGAACCACAUGAACCACAAGUGGUUGAAGUGCCAUCGGAAGAUAUGCCUGUUACCGUUCAUUUUAAAUCACAAUCAAGCCGUGUGUUAGUUCAACAAACACAUACACCAGCUGAAAUAGCCGAACCGGAACAUACAACAUCGGAAGACCAGCCUCAACGUGUUAUUCAUGAAGUUGUGAAGCCCGUUAUACAGGAGAUUCGUGAAAUAAUUCAACCAUAUCGUCGUUUAAUUCAACAAGUACAACCAGUGAUUGAACAAACACAUACAGUCAUUGCGAAAGGUGAACCAAGACCGCCAGUUGAACCACUUACAGUUGAAGGUGCUUCACCAGGUACUAUUUCUGGUGGUGGAAACAUUGGAAGCGGUGGUCGUCAAGGUUCCUCAGGUAAAUUUGGUUCCGGUAGUGGUAAAUAUGGUGGCGGUGGUUAUGCUGCAGCUGCUUCAUCCGUUUCAUUGAAAUCUCAAUCACCAACUGCUACCGUUGAUGAUCGAAAAUCAUCAUCAUCAUCGUCAAAUAUUAAUCGCAAUCCACAACAACCACAAGCAGCAUAUUCAUUGACACCGAUCAAUAAACAACAUUCGAAUCAGAUUCAAACACCAAACAGUAAAUAUGGACAACCAAUGAUUAAUCGACAACAAACUAAUGGUCGAGAUAAUACUUAUGCAUCACGAAAAGGUGAAUUCCGUGAACCAUCUUAUAUGGAACGAUUCGAUACACCGAAAGUUUCAUUGCGACCAGCUCCUGCGACAAUGGUAAAUUCAUUGCGACAACAAGCUACAACAACAAAAGUCAGUCUACGAACAUCAGCAUCGGAAAUCAUACCUACAGCUGCUGUAGCACCACUAUCCUCUGUAUUAUCAUCGCCAUCAUCCACAUCAACACAACUACGACCAAUUUCUGAAUCAUAUCAACAAUAUUUACCAUCAUCAUCAUAUCAAUCUCAAUCUUUAUAUUUUCCGCCAAUAGAAAAACGUUAUGAUGAAUCAUUUAAUCCGAUGAAUGAUUCUAAUCAAGCAUCGGCAUCACAACAAUAUUAUCAAUAUCUAAAACCAAUUGCAUCUCAUUAUCAACAACAAAAAUCACAUUUCGAUAAUUCAAUGCCAUAUGAUAAUGAUGCAGCAAUGUCAUCGAUGGUUACAUUCGUUGCACAACCAGUCAGAUUUCGGGCAGCACGAGCCUAAAAAUGAUAAUUUUAUUGAAAUAAUGGAUCAUACCAUGUAAAUGACCAAAAUAUAGUAAUGUCAUCAUCAACCAUACACACACACACACACGCAUAGAAUGUCCAUGAUUUUUUUU